AUGGAUUCCAAACAAGCCAAGGUGAUUCUUGUUUUGAAGAGAUUUGUGAAGUUUAUAGGACCAGGCCUGAUGGUGUCUGUGUCUUACAUGGACCCUGGAAAUUUCAGCAGUUCCAUUUCCUCUGCGCAAUUCCAGUACAAGCUCCUGUUCUCGCUCAUUGUGUCCAACAUGAUGGCUGGGUUCAUGCAGAUCCUGGCCAGCAAGCUUGGAAUCUGUACUGGCCAGGACCUGGCAGCCAACUGCCGCCAGCACCUGCCGAAAUACGUUAACUUUGUCAUCUACAUUUUUGCCGAAUUGGCAGUUGCAGCCACAGACAUGGCUGAAAUCAUUGGUACUGCCAUCGCCUUUAACAUUCUCUUUGGUCUGCCAUUGCUGGGCGGUGUCAUGCUGACGACUCUUGAUGUUCUUUUUGUUUUGCUUGCCUAUAGGCCCAAUGGGCCACUUGUCGUGGUCCAGAUUUUCGAGGCUGCCGUCGGGUGUCUGGUUUUAGGCACAGUCGUCUGUUUCAUCGUCGAGCUCGUGAACGUUUCUCCUACAACCAACUGGGGCAGCGUUUUCCGCGGGUUCCUGCCUUCCAAAGAGGUCUUCACUAAUACAAAAGGUCUCUACCUCACCGCUGCGUUGCUGGGAAGUAACUUGAUGCCGCACUCGUUGUAUCUGGGUUCAGGAGUUGUCCAGGCAAGGAUGAAGGCUUUCGACAUCAAGCAUUCUCAGGAUCUGAGAUACAUUCCGUCGAUGGAGGCGAUCAACGGGACCAUGUCGUACAUCAUUUCCGAGAUGGUGAUUUCGCUGAUUACUGUUGCUCUGUUUGUCAACUCUUCCAUUCUGAUUGUCGCCGGUACGGCGCUGUCGCAGCCAAUGGAUGACGACGGAGACGGAGACUUGGAAAAUGCCGAUCUGUUCACCUUGCACUAUCUUCUCUCGAGUCAGCUGUCAAAAGCUGCAGGCACAGUUUUUGCGCUGGCUUUAUUGUGUUCUGGUCUGUGUGGCGGUACCGUGGUCACCAUUGCCAGCCAGCAAAUCAUGGAGGGACAUGUGCGCAUCUCCAUGCAUCCUGCACUCAAGCGUAUCAUCACACGUAUCAUUGCCAUCACUCCAUGCAUUGCCGUUGUUACAACUCAGGGAAGAGAGGGUCUGAGUAAAGUUUUGAACGCAACCCAGGUUGUUUUGUCGCUGCUGCUGCCGUUCAUCAGUGCGCCGCUGGUGUACUUGACCUGCAAAAAAAGCAUCAUGCGCGUUCUGAUCAGCGGAACGGAACCCACGCAGGAAGCAGAAGAAAACAUCGCUAUGGAUUAUGACUCGUCGCAGCUGGACGACACCACAGACCUGCCGAAGUACAAGGACAUGAGCAACAACAUAGUCACCGCUGUGGCGGGUGUUAUUGUGUGGUUGGUGAUCUCGCUCAUGAACUUCUGGCUGCUCAUCAGCAUGGCCAUGGGCAAGGACGUGGACUAGAGAUAUAGACUGACGUAAGCAAUUAGCUAAUCCUUUUUUU